UGUUUUUUUUUUGAGUUCGGGGAGAAGAAGAGAAUGGGAGCAGCAGUAAGAGAGUGGCUAAACGGAGACGAGAGCGGAAAGGAGAUGCUGAUUAGGGUUUUCAGGGAGCGCCCCUACUUACAUCUCCCACCUCCUUUCCACAAACUACCGCUCCGCGUCGGAAACGUAAUCGAGCUCUUCGGCUCAUCUCCUUCCGCUAAAACUCACAUUCUCAUGCACUCCGCAAUCUCUUGCAUUCUCCCCCUUCGCUACGGCGGCUUAGCUCUCCUACUCCUUUUCAUCGACUUGGAUUGCCGGUUCGACGUUCUGCGCUUCUCUCACUUGCUCAGAUUUCGAAUCGCCCAAAUGAAUCAUGACGAGGCGGAUGAGGAAAUGCUAUUAGGAGAAUGCAUGAGACGGUUUCUCUACAUCCGUUGCUAUGAUAGCCUUCAAUUUCUUGCAACUCUCAAGACUAUACAUUAUCAACUUCAACGGGAAAGCGAAGCUCAAGGAAUUACUGUUAGUUGCAUGAUGAUUGACAGUAUUGGAGCUUUUCACUGGAAUGAUCGAGCUUCAACAUCUUUCCAUCACGGGGAUAGCAGGAAAGGUCUCUCUCUUCAGAAUAUCUGGGAAACUGUUGUUCUAGAGAUUAAAAAGCUUAUGCUGGUGCAUCCUAUGCUUGUUAUUGCUGCAAAAGGAACCAUUUUUAGGAAUCAAUCUGCAACAACUAAGAUAGGAUGGAAUCUCAAGGGUCCAUCAGUUUCAAGUGUACCAACUAAUAUGAAGCAAUUUGUGCAUCGUGAGUAUAUGCCUUCUGUCUGGCAGUCCUUUGUCACACUCAGAAUAGUCGUGCAAGCCAAAGAUGAUCAUAAUCAUACUGAGAGAAACCGUAUAUAUUCGUCAGAAUGGUUACUUCCAUCACAGAGUUUUGUGGAUAACUUUAUUGUAGCAGAAGCCGGUCUCAUUUUUGUUCCAUGAUCUGUGCAUGUACAAACACAAAAGGGAAAAGGUGGUGAAGGUAUACAUUAAUUUGUUGCAGCACUUAAGAUAUCUCUGUAAAGCAUAAAGUAUAGGUUGCCCAUACUUGUAAUGGCAGUGGAUCUAGUCCGGAUUAGCUGUUGCUUUAGGUUAUUAAUUAUGUUUUUUUUUUGUUGAUAAUUUUUUUUUGUAUCUUAUUUCAAUCUGUAACUUUUAGUGUUACGUUUUGCACUCUUUCUGGGUAUUUGGUUCAAUGAAGAAAUGGAUUUUAAUGCCACUCACAACCGUCUUUCGAAUUC